GGCAUUGCGGACGAAUUGCCGAGGAUGUCAAAUCCAGCGUCAUCUCCUCGUGUCGCGUGGCCUCGGAUCUACCUGUUUGGAGACACGCUGACGCAGUCGUCUUUCAACAUCGGCGGUUGGGGAUCAGUUAUCGCAGAACACUUUUCGAGGCGGUGUGACGUGCUGUCUCGCGGCCUGUGCGGCUACAACACGCGCGCAUGGAGGCAUGCAUUGCCCCUCGUGCUGGGCCCCGAGGACGCUCGCAGUGUUGCCGCGCUCGUCCUCAUGAUGGGCACCAGCGACUGUGCCGACCCACGUGAUCCCGAAGCAACGCACGUGCCUCUGGAUGAGUACUCCGACAACGUGGCCCACAUGCUCGACUACAUCCAGGCAUGCGGCAUUUCCUACGGCAGGAUCAUCCUCGUCACUCCUCCCCCGAUUGACGAGCAACUGUGGUUGGCCCAUUGCAGGAGACGAGGCAGAAACACAGUCAGAACGUCGUCUUCCGUCACCAAGUACGCGAAGGCUUGCGCCAUGGUUGGGUUGGGAAGAGGCGUCAAGGUUGUCGACGCACAUUCGCACUUUCUGAACGACGCGCACUGGAGUAGGCUGUUAUCCGACGGCAUCAACCUGUCGCCGGCCGGAUCGCACAAGCUCACCGCCGUCCUCGUACCUGUGCUCAGGGAAGUGGUUGGCGGAGCGCCUCGGUUGUUCCCGGAAUUCUCGGAACUCGAUCCCGACAAACCGGAGGACGCGAUCUCCGCUUGGGCGUCGGAAACCUGCGGCUGCGCCCGUCUGUAGCUCGCCCGCCCACUGACCUGCGGUUCACAG